AUGUACAGUCCAGUGCAAUACGCAGUCGAGUACGGACGCGUUUGCGCUGCACUGUAUGAAUUUUUAAUUCGCGAAUUGCGCAGCUAUAGCCGCUGCCCGGUUUUCGCUAUGAGUGCACAAACGCUCAUAGCCAACGAAGUGUUGGCAUUUAUCAAACAUGCCAUAGAUUACAUGGACGAGGUUAGCAUCUUGCAGAUCUGCAAGACGUCGUUCAAGGAAGAUGAGAUUAGCAGUGCUAAACUGCUGCUUUUCACUACUCUUGGCAAAGUUAGCCAGAUGCCGUCUCGUCGAAGGGAUGGCACAGAGAAGAGUCUCCAGGACAUCGUCACGCUGUUGAAGGAGACCGACCCGGAUGACGUGCCCGAUUUCGUGGCGAAGGACCUGCAUAAGCUUCCUCCCGUCACGUUCGACCACGUAGAUGUCACCAGGCUGCUGAAGGAUAUCACACUCCUUAAGCAAAGCCAGGCUGAGAUGCAGCUUCAGCUGGAGGUGUCCAACAACACCAUCAGUGAUCUACGGGCAGAAGUAGUAGCAUUGCGCAACACAAUUUCUGCAAGUAGGUCACCUAUCGCCAGCGACAGUAAUGUGAACACGCGUCGCGGGCCGCAAAAUGCCUCCAUCUGCAGUUUCGAGUCGGCGGGCUCGAAUGCGUCAUCUACUGCCGAGAAUGCAUGCGUUGCAACGUGUGCCGCCGCCGUCCCUGCCUCGACACCGGUAGAGACGAUGACUCGUGUAGGUUCGUCAACCCCCAAACGAGCCUACGCAGCAAUUGUAGCCGCUAAGAAGCCUGUUGAGCCACAAAACUCCCAGGUUAAAAUAGCGGAAACUACAAACGGGGGUAAGAAGAGCCGAUCGAAACCAAACCAGGUUUUGAGAAGGGAAGUUCCCAAGGUCGACACGUGCGGCAAGGAUGGGUUCGUCAAGGUCGAGAGGAAGAAGAAGAAGAAACCUCCUUGUCGGAAUCAGUGCGGUACUGCGCUGGCGGGGCCCAAUAUGCUGCUGCGUCCAGCUAUUCCAACGACGCUGCUGUACGCGUCCAGGCUGCACCAUUCUACGAAGGUUGAGGAGGUCGUAGAGUAUCUGCGCGUCAAAACUAACUGGACCUUGAGGGUCGAGAGGUUGGUGCCGCAUCACAACACGAAUUUUAACUCGUUCGUGGCGCGUAUUCCGACACAAGAUCUCGAGAAGGUCCUCAAGGAAGAUUUUUGGCCGAAGGGUGUUCUGUACCGCCGGUUUCGUGGCCGGCUACGUGACACCAGUCAGCGUAACACGACGCCGACACAUCGUGUGCAUUAGUUUUAAGAAUAUUUGUUAUGUAUUUAUAGUAU